UAAAAGGAAAACAGAAAAGAGAAAGGAAAAAAAAGGGAGAGAGGGGCUCUCUCUUUCUCUCUACUUUCCUUCACCCAAACAGACCACAAACAGUAGAGAGAGAAGUUGAGUUUUUAGAGAGAGAAAGUUAGAGCUUCUGAUCCUCAUCUCUUCCAUGGCUUUAUUCUAGUCCUCUCUUUAUAUCCCUUAAUAUUUAUUUUUCAUCUCCAAAAGGAAAAAAAAUCUUUUUUUUUGAACCAUUGGGUCGACCAUGCGGAGAGGUACAGCAGCGGCGGCACCGGCACCGGUGGCCGGAGAACCAAACGGAUCUGGAGGAUCUAAAGAGAUAAGGUUUCGUGGAGUCCGAAAAAGACCAUGGGGAAGAUUUGCGGCGGAGAUCAGAGACCCUUGGAAGAAAACUAGGGUUUGGUUAGGUACUUUCGAUUCUGCUGAGGAUGCCGCGCGUGCUUAUGACGCCGCAGCGCGUGCACUUCGCGGUCCUAAAGCCAAAACUAAUUUCCCUUUACCUUAUGCUCAUCAUCACCAGUUCAAUCAAGGGCUUAACCCUAAUAACGAUCCGUUUGUGGAUUCACGAUUUUACCCUCAGGAUAAUCCGAUUAUUUCGCAGAGACCUACCUCGAGCUCCAUGAGUAGUACGGUGGAGUCCUUCAGUGGACCACGACCGCCGCCGGCGCCGCGGCAGCAGACAACGGCGUCUUACAGAAAGUAUCCGCGGUCGCCGCCCGUCGUGCCGGACGAUUGCCAUAGCGACUGUGACUCGUCGUCUUCCGUCGUUGACGACGGCGACUGUGAAAAAGAAAAUGACAAUGACAACGACAACAUAGCUUCUUCGUCUUUCAGAAAGCCGUUGCUUUUCGAUCUAAACUUACCUCCGCCGAUGGAUGACGCCGGCGCCGACGAUCUUCACUGCACAGCUCUAUGUCUUUGACGAAAUGAUGGUUUUAUCUACCUGUCAUUUAAACCAUUGGCUUACCUAGUUUUUUUUAAUUUCUUUUUUUUUUUGGGUGGCGGAGGAAAGCAUGUGGGAUAAGAAAAAAAAAAAAGAGAACCAUAGAGUUAUGGCUAAAUUAUGUCUGCUAUGAGUCAUCAUCUGUUGUUGGAAGAGAAUUCACUUGUUUAAUUUACUUCUCAUAUUUUAUAUCAUGGGAUUUCAUGUUGGAUUGAUGGACCAGUGUGUAUGUCAAAUUAGUUCUUAUUGCGUGUUUUAAACUCCUAUGUUUGGGUUGAAAUAGUAUUUAUUUAUAUAUUGA